AUGCGCGAAGACCAGAAUCGCGAUUCAUCUGGAAUUUUUUUGCUCAAAAACAUUGCCAAACCAGAUAUCGAUACAAACCUUUUACUUUUUUUUAUAGACGUGAAUUCCAACGGUCAAAUUUCACGUCGCAGCUUAAAAACCAACCACCAGUAUCCUGAUGCCCUUCAAGGACUUGGAGAUGGGAUUAAGAAUUAUGUGGUCUCCAUUGUCAAGACAUCUGUGGAGUCUUACUGUCUCUCUCCUGGCAAAGUGUGCGUGGCAGGUCCCCCAGGACCAAAGGGCAUCGAAGGAACUCCCGGUGAACGAGGACCAAAAGGAACUACUGGGAUCAAAGGGGAAAAAGGAGCUCCAGGACAUCCGGGACCUAAAGGUGACGUAGGGGAGUCAAUAUCUGCUCCAGAAGUUUUUGUAUCUCCUACCUCACUCACUGUGACUCAGAACCAGACCGCCACGUUUUACUGCUCAGCUGAUGGUAAUCCAAAGCCUAGCGUAGCCUGGAGUAAAAUAAGUGGCUCAGGACUGGUGAAUACGGACGGACAAGGCAAUAAGCUACAGAUCAAGAGUGCAGGUUACAAUCACUCGGGGAGUUACGUUUGCACGGCUACAAAUCUCUUGGGACAUGGCAAGAAGGUGGUGAAACUUUUCGUGGAAGUGUCUCCAACGUUCACCGAGGUUCCCGAUAGAGUUGUGAAAGUAACAGCAAAUUCUGUAGCUUCUAUUCCCUGCCAAGCAUUUGGUUUUCCACCACCGAAAGUUGUCUGGUCAAGAGGACUUGUGCCGUUACCGCAAGGUCGAACCAUUGUUGCCAAUGGCACACUGAAUAUCUCCAAAUUUAGUCCUGAGGACGUCGGUCCUUAUCAGUGUAAAGCCACCAACAAGCUUGGGUCUGUUAGCGCAUUGACAACCUUGCGUUAUGUUGCAGAAGACUUCAGGAUAAAUUCGGUUAUAAUAACCGACAAUGCAUCUUAUAAAACUCGUCUUCGUCAUUUCCUGAGUCCUGCUGUUGGAAGCAGAACUCGUUGGGUGCUGUGUUACCGCGCCUCCACUCAUGGUUGGGCCUCCAGAACCUUUCACAGCAGGUGUGAUGGGAAACGUGACACGAUUACCAUCAUUAAAAAUGGACAGUACGUGUUUGGAGGAUACACCGAUAUACCUUGGGGGUCCAGUGAUAGUCCUGGUUACUCUUCCAAUGCGUUCAUAUUUUCACUCCGAAACAAAGAAGAUCAUGCAUUUAAGAGCAUGGUGAAAGAUCCAUCAAAAGCAAUUUACGGACGCACAAAUCUAGGUCCAACAUUUGGUUAUGGGUGGGACAUCUGUAUUCAGGACAAUGCCAACAGCAACACUGAGUCCUACGCAAACUUUGGCGUCUCCUACUCUGUUCCAAGUGGAGUACAAGACAGGAAAACAAUCCUGGCUGGGACUUACAAAUUCACACCUGAUGAGGUGGAGGUGUUUUACCUCGGCUGAAUCGCUUUUAAUAAUGGUUUGGAACAUUUUCAUUUAACUAGUGGACAUGUUAAUUACAUGUAAGUACGCCAUUUUAUUUUUAAGUUUCGCCUCAUAAUUUUCUUUCUACUUAUGUAGUGGAUAUAUCACUUGAUUACAAGAACACGUGCGUUUCAACAUUCGCUAAGCAAUCGGCCAUGACUGAAUGUAAGCAAAAUAUUUAUAUAU